UCCCUCAUCUUUGCUUCUUUAUUUUCUACAAAAGAAAGGAGAAACUUUUGUUUUUUAUUUCGGGAAAAUAACUGAAAUCAAGGUUUUUAUUUUUCUUCUAUUUUUUUCUGUGCGCUAAUCUGAUAAUCGAUGAUUUUCUUCGGUUGGAUUGGUUUCUAGUUCGACGAUCGAGAAGUAUUUGAUAAGUAAAACAUCUAAAUGGGCCGUCCUCAGAAUCCACAUCCACCCCGAUCAUUCUUCCCUUUUGGAAAUCCUUUUCGGAUGAAAUCACCUAAAGGCUCUCACAUGUCUCCGCAACUUCUUGUAGUAUUACAAGCUUUUGAGGCAACAUUAGCGGAGAGGCUGAGAAAGCUUAUGCCAAAAAGCAAGGAUGAAAUCCUCAGCUUGUCUUGGAUGACUUUAGCUAUGAAGUCACUUUGUGAAACUCAUAAUGAGAUAGGAACCCUUAUAACAGACCUUGAACUUCCGGUGAGUGAGUGGGAUGACAAAUGGAUUGAUGUGUACUUGGACAUAAGUGUGAAAUUGCUAGAUAUUUGCAAUGCGUUUAGCUCUGAGUUCUCACGUCUGAAUCAAGGUAAUCUUCCUCUCAAGUGUGCACUGCCCAAUUUAGACUCUGCUUCUUCAAAGCUGUCUAUUCGGGCCUGUUCUUUCCUCGAUGAAUGGACUCAACAUGUUCAUUCUAGGAACCCUAGAAUUGAGAAAUGUAGCACCAUUUUAGAUAAUCUUGUUGGAUCACUUGAUCUUCCUAAGGUUAAAAAUUCUGCCAAAGGUAAGGUUUUGAUGCAAGCUUUGUAUGGAGUUAAGGUCGAGACUGUAUUUGUUUGCAGUGUGUUUGCUGCUGCAUUCUCUGGCUCUUCAAAGAAGUUGUUAGAUUUGAAUGUGGAUGACAUGUAUUCUUGGGCUCCAGCUUAUAGAAGUUUGCAGAAUCUUGUAAAUGAGGAGGUUAGAGUUAGAUUUUCCAGUGGGAAAUUUACUGUAUUAAAUGAGUUGGAAGCGGUGGAUGCCUUUGUGAAGGAAUUAUAUCCUACUAUCCAGGGUGGUGUCGAUACAGUUGACACAGAAUUGCUACGGAAGACUGUUGAGGAAUUAGGCAGGGCUGCAGAGAAGCUUUCCCAAGGAUUAGAUGAUCUUGCAAAGGGAGUGGAUGGCUUUUUUCAAGCAGUUUUGACAAGUCGUGAUGCUUUGCUAUCCUCUGUGAGGUUUAACAUAACUGUAAAUGAUGGUGUCCCUGGUUUUCAUAUAGAUCAGAAAGUAGUCCACUGAAUAUGCAUUAGCCUAACUCUUGUAGAUAAUGAUAGGUUGUGGGGUUUUUCUGUGCUAGUAUUGAUAGUAUUCGGUCUUUUAUUUGGCUUGUUAUUUCAAGGUAUCAUGAGUUAUAGGUUAUCCGACAGUAUUGUUCGUGCUGAAAUGUAUAUGUGUGAGUGGGAUGUUCUGUGUAAUGUUAAACAACAAAAUUAUAUAAAAACUUCUAUUGCGCCUGCGGAAGUUUGUUUACAAGCAACUUGUAAUGCUCACGUAUGACCUUUUAUCAGAAUACGAAUAUGUAUUGUACGG